ACAUAUUUUAUAUCUAAAAUUCUAAAUUGCUUUUCUAUAAAAUAAGAUACGACUCGUCACUCCUCACCAUGGUCUUGCCGUCCGUGUGAGAGUCAGAGAUGAUUGCCGAAAAGAGCACGAAAGCUCCAUUUUUGUCUCAAGAAGAAGAAGAAUAUUAUAAUAAAAACAGCAAAAAAUGGAGAACGCCUCUUCAGUAUAUCAUUAUCAUGUCAAUCAUCUCUGUAAUAUUUAUCAUCCUUACAUUAGGAGGCAGCUCAAGCUCAAGUUCUAGCUUGUUAGAUGGCGGGAAAAGGAAGAUACAAAACAGCGAUACAGUUGAGUCAAUGGGAGCAGUGGUGGCCGCCGACGAUGCUCGUUGCUCUGAGAUCGGAGCAUCCGUCCUUCGAUCCGGCGGCCAUGCGGUUGAUGCAUCGGUGGCCGUUGCUCUGUGUGUUGGUGUUGUGAAUCCGAUGGCUAGUGGUAUCGGAGGUGGUGGCUUCAUGGUUGUCCGAUCGGCGGAGACAUCACAAACGCUAGCAUUUGAUUUCAGGGAAACUGCCCCUUUGGCUGCUUCAGAGAACAUGUACGAGAAAGAUCUAAACUCCAAAUAUUUCGGAGCAUUAUCAAUGGGUGUUCCCGGAGAGAUAGCCGGUCUAUAUAAAGCUUGGUCAAAAUACGGUCGUUUACCAUGGAAGACAUUAUUUAAUCCGGCCAUUAAGCUCGCUAAAGAUGGAUUCUUGGUUGCACCUUAUCUUGCCAAUAGUAUUUCAAGCUUUGCUUCUACAAUAAAGAAAGACCCCGGCUUGCAACAAGUGUAUGCACCAAAAGGGAAGGUUCUAGAAGCCGGGGACAUUUGCUAUAACCCUAAGCUUGGUUUGACUUUAGAAAUUAUAGCAAAUGAAGGGCCAGAAGCGUUUUAUGGUGGUGUGAUUGGGGAGAAGUUGGUUAAGGAUGUUCAAGAUAUCGGUGGGAUUUUGACAAUGGAAGAUUUGAGGGAUUAUGAAGUUGAGGUUGCAGAUGCACUUGAAGUGGAUACUAUGGGUUACACUGUUUUAGGGAUGCCAGCCCCAUCGAGUGGUACGUUGGGGCUAGCUUUGGUUUUAAAUAUCUUACAAAGCUAUGAGAACUCAAAUGCUGCAAAGGGUUCGUUGGGUUUACACCGUCUCAUUGAAGCAUUGAAGCACAUGUUUGCUAUUCGUAUGAAUUUGGGCGAUCCGGAUUUUGUCAAUAUAAGUAAAACUGUAGCCGAAAUGCUUUCACCCGCAUUCGCUAAAAAAAUUCAAAAACGUAUUUUCGACAACACCACUUUUCCACCCGCAUAUUACAUGCCCAAGUGGAGUCAACUACUAGACCACGGAACAAGUCAUUUUUGCAUAGUGGAUGCCGAAAGAAACGCAGUAUCAAUGACAACCACCGUGAACUACCCAUUUGGAGGCGGGGUUCUCUCUAGUUCCACAGGCAUUGUGUUAAACAAUGAAAUGGGCGAUUUUUCAGUUCCUACUGAAAUAUCGCCCAACACCCUCCCUCCUUCACCUUUUAAUUUUAUACAACCAAAUAAACGGCCAUUAUCCUCAAUGACUCCAAUUAUCAUCCUCAAGGAUGAUCAAUUAGUCGGGGUGAUUGGGGGGAGUGGUGGAAUGGAAAUUAUUCCCGCAGUUGCCCAAGUUUUCAUCAACGGUUUUAUCUUAGGCAUGGACCCUUCGACUGCGGUUCAGUCGCCACGUGUCUACCACAAGUUGAUACCGAAUGUGGUAAAUUAUGAAAACUUGACAGUGAUUGAUGGAGAUCAUAUCGAGCUUUCUAAUGAUCGAAGGAGAUUUUUGGAGGAAAGGGGUCAUGUGUUGAAGCCAAAAGCUAGUGGAGCUAUAUGUCAGCUUAUCGUUCAAACUUUGACAAAAGUUAAGGAUAAUAGGAAAGUGAAGUAUGACCAUCGUAAUGUUUUGAGAGGGAUGCUUACCGCCGUUAGUGAUCCGAGGAAAGAUGGUCGGCCGGCAGCUUUAUAACGACAGGGUCGGUGGUUGUGGUUGUAUGUAUUUUUGGGUUUAUCUCCCUAAAAAGGCUUGGGUUGAUGGGUUCCACAUAGAAAAUUUUAGAAAAUUAGUCUUUCAUCCGUACAUGUGCAUUUGGAAUCUUUAUUGGUGUAUGAUCAUGGUGUGUAUACCUAUGGAUGUAAUAAAGUUAAACAGUUAAGGUAUAAUUUUAAAUAA